AUGGAUGUGCUUCUGGGUCCUUGGGGCUAUGUGCUUGGAGACAAUGAGGAUCCUCAGCAUGAGCCUAUUUCUUUAUAUGAUCUCAUCUCCAACAUCCAUUCCAAGCUUCACAGUCCUUUGGAUAUCAUUGAGAUCGACACGAGCAAAUUUCCAGCGGACUGUGUUGGUCUAAUUAAUGAUUAUCACAGGAUGCUGAGUCAAACCGAUGGUUAUUGGAGGCCGAGGACGGAGUGCUACUUGAAUGACAGUGGUAGGGAGUACCAGAAGAUCGACUUUAUCCAUCGGCACACUACGGGAAAUGCAGACCACGUCAUGACUCUGAAACUCACCCUUCCUAUUCCUGGGAGAUGCAGUGUUGCGCUUGUUUAA